GGAAUAACAAAGUUACAUAGGUUAGUAAAAGGUUAGGGAAUUGCCAUCCGACACUGAUGUGAGAAGAUAUUCUUCUUUGAGUAUACUACAGUACUGGACUGCAAAACUCUUCAUCAUGAAAACGACAAUUUUACUCCUUCUGGCGCUGUUUGCUUUGGGCAACACUCAAGAUGACUGCAGUGAAGAUAGGGUUGAAGAAAGAGUUUUCGACUGUCUGGGGAACAUCAUGGUUAAUUUGCUCUCUGGUGUUCACACUGAAGAGGAAACUUGCGCGGAAGUGAAGACUAUGCAGAACUGUUUAGAAACAGUCAUUGAUGAGUGUCUUGAUGACGAACAAAGAGUUGAAGUUGACAAAGAAUUGCAGCAAUUUACAGACAUGCUUGGAACUAACUGUCCAAUUUCAGAUGGCAAGGAUGCUGCUGAGGCUUGUGCCGAAGAGAACAAGGAUUAUAUAAUGGAGUGCUUAACAGAAAAUCAGUUGAAUGCAAUUGCGCAAUUUGGAAGCAAUUCAAAUUUGAAUGAGAAUCGUUUCAAAUGCACAUUAUACAGCCUGAUUGCCGAUUGUGUAACUCAACGCGUAGGAGAAAAAUGUGGAGAUACAGCACGUGAUCUAGUUAGAGAAGAAUUGAACGAUCCACCUCAAGAAAUAAAAGAAGCUUGUGAUGCUGCCGAUGAUAUUGUAUUGACUGAUUUCGAAUCUUUGCUUACGAAGAAGAAGAAAUAGGAAGCCUACAAAAACGCCUUUUUUUCUUCCUUGUAUCCUAUCUAAAACUCUUUUAAAUUUAAAAUGAGAAAAACACCAUGUUUAAUAUUCAGUUAGUAUAUAUAUUAAACAUGUUAACAUGUAUUUUCAUCUACAAAAAGUAUUAAAAUUCGUCGUUCUUUGCAA